GCCAUGUCCAGUCCCCGGUCCCACCGCCCCAAAACGCCCACGCCCUCCCCCCUCAACUCCCCCUCAACCCCCCCCUCCAAACCCACGCUCCCCAUCUCCCCCUCGCCAACCAGAAAAUCCCCCCGCAACCCCUCGAACAAACUCUGGACCCAGGAGCAGCAACGCAGAACCUUCCUGCACCACCUAACGCAAUGGUCGCUAAACCACGAUUCCAGCCCGCACUUCCACGGCAAAAUCAGCCUCUUGCCAGGAGCGGGUCAGACACUCGAGCUGGGACGCUCAGUGACGUGUGUGCUUAGUUUCGAGGAUGCGCGGCGCAGGAUCGUGGUGCGACUCUUUGCGCCCCAGGGCGAGGGAGACGCAAUACAGCAUCGACGGCGACGUGGCAGCGAGGCAGCGCACUGUAUCUACGGCCAGAAAGACGCUGGGCCGCGGCAUUACACCCUCGUUAUUCGCAGCGGCGCUGGCUGGAUCCCCGCCCGCACCUUUUUCGGCAAAAUAUACUUCGCACGCCUCGCUGCGCGGUCUGCAAAAGUAAAGAACCUGGCCGGUGACACACGUCUAGAUGCGUCGCAGGCAGUGCAAGUGCGCUCGCGCUGUCUAGGCCCGUCGCCUGCGCUGAAAGAUAGCGUCACGGUACGACCGCUGUUUCGCAGGUUUCUCGCCCUGCCGCCUGAGCUGCAAGAAAUGAUCCUCCGGACCGCGGUGGGGUGGACGCGGGUUAUGGAUUUCUGCACCAGUGACGAGGAGAAGGCGGGGGGGAAGAGGGAGACAGGCGGUAUCAGUCUGGCGACCAUGUUCUGCAUUUCGCGGGAGAUAACGCAUAGGAUGAGGCCGUGGGUAUAUCGCAGUACGGAUUUUGCGUUUGGACUUACUGGUUUCACCUCUUUCCUCUGGCACCUCACGCCCACGCACCGCCCGCACAUCCGCCGCCUAACCUUCCGCUUCGGCCCCCUUGCCCUCCUGCAUUGCAUCCGCUGGCUCGCGCCCGACCCCGUCUUCGCCCUCUUCGAACCCCCCGUCCACACCAGCCCCCCAGGCCUGCAAUUCUUCUGGCGCGCCCAACUGCGCGACCUCACGCGCGAGCUGCACAUCCACACGCUCACCCUCGAUCUCGCGGGGGUUCCGGACGUGGAUGUGCGGAUCGUAGUGCGCGUUUUAGGCGAGGCGUUUGGCGGGGUGGAGCGGUGGGUGUUUGUCGAUUCUGGGGUGACGAAGGACGGGAGGCAAGGUAAGGCUAGGGCUGUGGGGAAGGAUGAUGAGCGUCUACGGGGGUUGGGUAAAGGGUCGUGGAGAGAGCUUUGUAAGGCGUAUUUCAAGAAGUAUCGCCGCGAGUAUUAUUUUCUUAGGGCGGGGCUGAUGCGCGGGCCUGAGGAGCUGGUGGAGGCGGUUAUGGAUUGCGAUAGGGCGUUUUUUGAUCGGGGCGUGGGUCGGUGAUGGGUUG